AUGGACGGCAUCGGAGAAGCGCCCGAUGGCAUGGGCUUCGACAUGCCCAUGCUCAUGAACCAGCAGCAGCAAUUCUUCGGCGCCUAUGGACCGGAUGGUUCGCCGAUGGCGUCCGCUCACCAAAGUAUGUCUUACCAGGAUGAGCAGUCAAUGGGCGCCGGAGAAGAUACCAAUGAUGCCAAGAGGCGAAGAAUUGCAAGGGCAUGCGAUAUGUGCCGGAAGAAGAAAAUUAAGUGUGAUGGGAAAAUGCCCAAGUGCUCGCACUGCAUCAAUUACAAGACAGAUUGUGUGUUCACACAGGUCGAGAAGAAACGAAAUCCGCCAAAGGGCGCCAAAUAUAUCGAAGGACUGGAAAACCGGCUGGGCAGGAUGGAGUCGCUGCUCCGUCUGUCUGGAUUACUGUCCGAAGACGAUGGUGGAAAGACCGAUCUGGGAACGUUGGAGAAACGCUUGGCCGAUCGAUCGCUGGCAAAUGGUGGACUAAGUCGUCCUAAAAGUCCGAAUAGAUUCAAUGCUCCUCAAUCCAACGCUCAAUCGCAACCGACUACUUCAUCGCAUCAUUCUACUCCCCGUGUGGAUUCUCACUCUAGCCCGCGCACAGCUGCUACGUCGCCGGAAUCACAGAAAGAAUCUGAAACCGAGGUUGAGGGCUUGUCGGAUAUGAUGUGCUCGCUGGUGACGAACAAUUGCGGAGAAACGCGUUACAUUGGUUCCUCUUCGGGGUUUUCGAUCUUUUCUCCCAAGGGUAUUCAGUGGGUCAACGAAAAGACCGGCGACACUUCAUUCCAAGACAUGAUAUCAUCUGCUUAUAUCGACGAUAACAAGUGGAUGUAUUGGAAGCCGGAGAUAUUCAGCGAUAUCUUUGCCCGUCGCGUGUUCAAGCCAUUGCCGCCCAAGGAAGAGGCCAUGUCUCUCUUUCGAGAUUUCUUUUCCAACUUCAACUGUAUGUUCCCGCUCUUCCACGAGCCGACUUUCAUGCACUUGGUGGAACGUCAAUAUUCUCGGGAUCCAUAUGAGGGAUCUGGCUGGUGGGCUAGUAUCAACGUGGUCCUGGCGAUCUCGCACAGACUUCGAGUUAUGAGCAAUCUAGUCCCCCAGGAAGAAGAUAAGAAGGCCUGGCUGUACUUGAAGAAUGCUAUGGCUGUUUUGACUGAGCUUACUAUGCGAAACACGGAUCUACUAAGUGUUCAGGCGCUGCUCGGCAUGUCGCUUUUCCUGCAAGGGACACCAAACCCCCAGCCGUCGUUCUUCCUGGUUGCAGCUGCCAUCAGACUUUCUCACAGUAUUGGUUUGCACAAACGGGGUUCUGGGUUCGGCUUGAAUCCGGUGGAAGUGGAGCAGCGGAAACGAGUGUUUUGGAUUGCCUACCUUCUGGACAAAGAUAUCUGUCUCCGGUCUGGUCGCCCACCAGUUCAAGAUGAUGAUGACAUGAACGUCGAAUUACCGAGUGAUGACCCCCCGGACAAUAUCGGCAACGUUCCACUAUCGGACGGUACCAAGUUCAAUUUGUUCAGAUCCAUGUGCCGCUUUGCCAUCAUUGAAAGCCGAGUGUACAAGCGACUCUAUUCCGCCAAAGCAUCGAAACAGUCUGAUGGCGAAUUGUUGAACACCAUCGGAGAUCUUGAUAAAGAGCUCGAAGAAUGGAAGGAUAGCAUUCCCGUUGAACUCCGACCCGAAAACGAAAUCAAGACAACCCAUACGCCCCUUAUACUGCACGUUGUAGUGCUCCAUUUUGCGUACUACAACUGCUUGACUACCAUCCACCGCAUGUCCGUACACCACGGCUACUGGACGAGUCGACUAUCCAAUUACGCGAUUCAAGGCCUGAACGCGAGACCGUUGAACCCCAGAGUGUUUUUGUCGGCAGUUCUUUGCGUCACAGCUGCGCGCGCCUUUAUCAAUCUUAUCAAAUACAUACCACAAGGCGAUUUCGCCUGUGUCUGGUUGAUACUUUAUUAUCCGGUCUCCUCUCUGGUUACCCUAUUUGCUAAUAUCCUGCAAAAUCCUAAUGAUGCGCGGGCUCGCUCUGACGUCAAGUUGAUGAACGUGGUCGUCAACUUCCUGUCUACUCUCGUCUCCGACGAGUCGAACGGAAGUGUCAAGCGUAUGCUUGCUCUCUGCGGUGAAUUUGAACGCAUCGCCCAGGUAGUCCUCGAUAAAGCCGAAAGAGACAGCCAUUCGAAGAAGAAACGCAAAUCUGCUCCCGACGAAUCACGGCAUGCGCCAGGGCAAACAGCAGAUGACAAUCGCCAACCCGCUACACCAGCUGCGAAGCCAACAGAUUCAGCACCGCGGCAACCCCCCACGACCGUUCCCUUCUCCUCUCCCUCGUUCACUAAUAAUACCAACCAGCCCGCAGCCAACAUACCUAAUGAGACACGAAAUUUCACCCCAGGUCAGCCGCUCCCUGGAGCGAACGGCUUCACUACGAAUCUCCAGGACAGCAUGCACGGUCUGUCAGGGCUCGGAUCAGACUUCGAAAUGAUUAGCCCAAAUGACCUUGAAGGCGUCAACUUCGGCGACCAGGCACCCUUUACAACCAGUCCCGAUACCCCUCUAGCACCCUUCCAACAACCCUUCGUCCCACAAGACCUUUGGCAAAUGCCAAUGACAAUUGAAUGGGACUGGGCAGAUAUGUCGAAUAACUUCCCCGUCUUCGGCGACACCAACAACGGCCCGCCGAACGGACCUUAA